AUGCAAACCUUCUCUGUUGCCUCCAUUGCCACCAUUGCUUUAGCUUUAUUUGCUCAAAAUGCCAUUGCUACUCCACCUGCUUGUUUGUUAGCUUGUGUUGCUCAAGUCGGUAAGUCUUCUUCUUCCUGUACUGCUUUAGACCAAGUCGAUUGUUUCUGUGAAAAGGAAAGUUCUUCCAUUGAAAGUUGUUUGAACUCCAUCUGCCCAAAUAACAAUGCCGAUUCUGCUAUCUCUGCUUUCAAGAGUACCUGUUCCGAACAAAACGCUUCUUUAGGUGAUUCUUCAUCUUCUGCUUCUGCUUCAUCUUCUGCCUCAGCUACUACUUCUGCUUCUGCUUCAUCUUCCUCUUCCUCCACAUCUGCCUCUGCUACUGGCUCUACUAAGAAAUCGUCAAGCUCUUCUGGCUCUACCACUUCUGCCACUCCAUUCGGUAACUCUACCACUAUUGUUACCUCUUCUUCUUCUACUAAGGUCACUACCACUUCCAAACCAUCGGUUGCUCCAUCUACUUCUUCUCCAAGUCCGGAAACCAAGACCAUCAGUGCUUACGAAGGUGCUGCUGACUCUUUAAAGGUCGGUGGUUCUAUCUUCUUAGCUGCUGUUGCUUUAUUGAUCUAA